AGGGGGCGCGGGGCGGAGCUGCCCUCCGCGCUGAGUCGCCCACGGCCGAGGCCGCGGCCGCGAUGGACCUCGUGGAGGGAGAGGUGGCCGCGCGCCCCCUCGCCGGCCAGAGCGGUGGCUGGCGGGAGAGGCUGCACAGCCGCCGCCAGAGGGGCGACGACGCUGACUGCGCCCCCGGCGCAGUCGGCGCGCGGGGCAGGUCGGAGCGCGGCCAGCAGCCCGACGGCGUGGCCUUCGACCAGCGGUCCGUGCUGGACCAGGACAAGGCGCUGAUCGAGCAGCUUACCCAGCGGCAGCAGCCUCGGGAGCGGCCGCCGGUCAAGAAGCCCACGCCGCCCCCGAAGGUCGCGCCCUACAGGGGCGCGACGCUGACGCCGGGCAGCAACAGGGCCGGGAGCCUCGUGAGCACGACCUUCCCGUCGCGCUGCGCGACGCCCGACGUGGCGCCCGUAGACGCGCCGGCGCAGGGCGCCCCGCCCAUGACGGCCGCGGUGGAAGCCUUGGCUCCGUCGCCGGCCGCGUGCCUGGGCGAGCAGGGUGCCCCGCUCGAGGCCACGCCGCCGCUGCCAGCCGCCGCGGACGCGCGCUGCUCUCGCGCGGAGGUGGCGGCAGCUGAGCAGGCGGCUGCCGUGCAGCUUGCUGCCGUGGCCACCCCCGCGCCUCAGCAAGCGUUGGAGCCGGUGGUGCCGCGCACCGGGCACCUCUUCACAGGCGCCGACAUCGACAGCCUCAUGGACCGGCUGGACCCAGCCGGGGCGCAGCAGCCAGCGGGCAGCGGCCUCGGGGGCCUGGGCGCGCCUCCUGUCGGCGGCGCUGCCGACGUGGGGAGGGGCGACUGUACGCAGAACUUCGAGGAUCGACAUCAGCCGCGAGUUCUUCCGGGACCACCGGCUCCCGGCGCAGGCGGGCCCCGAGGCCGAGGAGAGGGGCCCGCGGCGCCGGGCCGGCAGCUGCCGCGCCCAGCUCGGCCGUCGCCGCGGGCGAGGCCGAGUUCGAGGUGCCGCAGAGGAGGGAGCUCAAGGAGCAGAUCCGGGCCAUCGACUCGUGGCUGGAGGACGACUUCUCCGCGCGGGAGAGCGGCUGGGCGACGUUCGAGGCGGCGGCAUGGCGCGGACGAUGCCGCUCUCUUCCGUGCAGGCUUCGGUGGCGGACCCGUCGCCAGCGCACCUCGCCGCGACCGUCGCCCUCGGCGAGGCGGGCAAGCCCGAGGCGGAGGUCUUCCGGAAGCUCGAGGAGGCCAAGAGAAGAAAGGCCGUGGGCGAGCAGGCCUCGCCGAUCCUCAUGAAGGAGGCCGCCGCGCAGGCCAAGCCGCUGCUGCCAAGCAUGUCGCUGGACAAGCUUUGUCGCGUGCUGCGGCUCUUCUGCUCGGCGCGGCACGAGGACCACGACCUGUACCUGCGCAUCCUGGGGGAAAUCCCCGUGCAGGUCCGCGGGAUUACCCCGGAGCAGCUGACGGAUUGCGUGCGCGUGAUGUGCCGCCUGCGUCUGCAGGAGGACUCCCCCGAGACGUACCUCGAGCUAUUCUCCAUGGAGGCGAUGAACAUGAUCCGCGCGGGGAGCCGCAGGGCCGUCCGCGCGCCGAGGCGCCCGCCGGCCCCCUCGCGGAAGGUGGACGCCGCCGCCAUGGCCGCCGCGAGCGACGGCUCGGGGCUCGCCCCGGUGGCGCCCCUCGCUGGGGCACUGGCUCCCUUCACGGCCACCCAGCUCAUCCAGCUUGGAAACGCCCUCAGCCAGCUGGACGCGAAGCACAACGCGCGCUUCCUCGACGUCUUCCAGGACCACAGCUCUCGGUGGCCAUCCCGCGCCUCACGCUGGAGGAGUGCGAGCUGGUGAGUCCGACGAUGGCGAUGUCGCAGCUGAUGCCCGACGCCCUGCGCCGCUCGUUCCUGGAGCGCUGCAUGCGGGUGGAUGCCGGGAGGCCCCUCGAGCAGCAGGACAACAGAACGGCAGCGCCCGACAUCGCCGAGUUCCAGCGCGACGCCCAGUCCAGGAGGAGGCGCGCGAAGCACUUCCACAACGUCUUCGUCAUAGAGGCCUGCGUGCGCAAGGACACGUUCUCCUUCUUCUCGUCCCUGCCCGCAGACGUGAGGGCGUACCUCGACAGGGUCAGGACGGAGAGCGGGAGGCUGGAACACGAAGGCCCGAGCUUCUUCGCCUCACAGAUCGCCGCCGUGCUGGACCAGCUCGGCGUCGUGUGCGACAUGCGGCGCAUGGCGGGCCCCCUGGGCCUGCACAUCGUGACCAAGGCCACGAACCCGAACGCCCAGACCGAGGAGAUCGUCUACGAGUGCUCCGACGAGAGCGCCUACUACGCGGUGCGGCAGGACGACAGGACGCCCCCCGAGCUCACGGCGAGCUCGAAGCUGCGCCACCGGCUGCUGCAGCGGCUGAAGGUGCAGGUGGUGCACGUGAUGAGCGUCCGCGAGUGGCAGCAGCUGGGCGAAGCCCAGCGGGUCAACUACAUGGUGAAGCUGCAGUCUCUGCAGUGACGGGGCGGGGGGCGGUGCCCAGAGGCCCUCCGCAGAAGCCGUGGAGGGCCAGCGUCGCACGCGUUAGAGUGGCACGCGGCGUGCCGGGUCGCUUUGGUGGCUGGCGCCGCACCUUUACCUCCCUGGCGGGACCGCCGAACUCUGUGCGGUUGCUCGGACUCCUGUGCUGUACUACGUGGCUCCAGCCCCUGAUGGCCCAUCCGCCGGCAAGGAAGACUCCUUGCUGUCCCCAGGUUCCUCCAGCGAGCGGUCCUCUC